GUGACGUCAUCUCGCUGCAGUCCUCUUGCUUCGCAUUUUCCAGAAAAGAUGGCAGCUGUUGAUAUCGAUAUGCCGGUAGAGCCAGAGCCUAUGAUCCGCGCUGAGGACGACCUGGAACGUGAGGCGGAAGGCUUCAAAGAACAAGGGAAUGCAUACUACAGCAAGAAAGAUUACUCUCAAGCCUUCAACUAUUACACCAAGGCCAUCGAUACAUGUCCCAGAAAUGCCAGUUACUAUGGCAACAGGGCAGCCACCCUCAUGAUGCUCAGUCGCUUUCGGGAAGCCCUUGAAGACUCUCAGCAGGCCGUGCGUCUAGAUGACCGUUUUAUGAAGGGGCAUCUCCGGGAGGGCAAGUGUCACAUGUCUCUGGGAAACGCCAUGGCGGGCAGUCGCUGCUUUCAGAAAGUUCUGGAGUUGGAUCCAACCAACAAAGAGGCUAAGCAGGAGAAAAAGAAUGCAGCUGUACUGCUGGAAUAUGAGAAAAUGGCCGAAUUCAGCUUUGAAAAAAGGGAUUUCAGAAAGGUGGUGUACUGCAUGGACCGAGCCUUAGCUUUGGCCCCCGCAUGUCAUCGUUUCAAAAUCAACAAGGCAGAAUGCCUCGCUCUUCUCGGGCGCUAUCCUGAAGCUCAGUCUGUGGCCAGUGACAUUCUGAGGAUGGAUUCCACUAAUGCGGAUGCGUUGUAUGUCCGGGGUUUGUGUCUGUACUAUGAGGACUGCAUUGAUAAAGCCGUGCAGUUCUUCGUCCAGGCUCUACGAAUGGCUCCUGAUCAUGAAAAAGCCCGACUUGCCUGCAGGAAUGCCAAAGCUCUAAAAGCAAAGAAAGAUGAGGGCAACACGUCAUUUAAAACCUGCAACUAUGACGCUGCUUACCUUCUGUACACUGAAGCGCUGGCGAUAGACCCCAACAACAUCAAGACCAACGCUAAACUCUACUGCAACAGAGCCACAGCAGGAGCAAAGCUGAAGAAAAUUAACCAAGCCAUUGAAGACUGCACCAAUGCAAUCAAACUGGAUGACACGUACAUCAAGGCCUACUUAAGAAGAGCUCAGUGCUACAUGGACACUGAACAAUACGAAGAGGCUGUACGGGAUUAUGAGAAAGUUUACCAGACAGAAAAAACCUCAGACCACAAGCAUCUGCUGAAGAACGCACAGUUGGAGCUGAAGAAGAGCAAAAGGAAAGAUUACUACAAGGUGCUGGGUGUCGGGAAGAACGCCACAGAGGACGAGAUCAAAAAGGCGUACCGCAAGCGGGCCCUCAUGCACCACCCAGACCGCCACAGCGGAGCAACUCCAGAGGUGCAGAAAGAAGAGGAGAAGAAGUUCAAGGAAGUAGGGGAAGCCUUCACAGUCCUCUCUGAUCCAAAGAAGAAGAGCCGCUAUGAUAACGGACAUGACUUGGAUAAUGAUGGCUGCUUUGAUGGUGGAGAUAUUGAUCCAAACAACAUCUUUAGGGCUUUCUUUGGUGGCCAUGGUGGAGGAUUCAGUUUCGAUUCCAGCCCUGACUCAGGACCAGGAAAUUUCUUUUUCCAGUUUGGUUAACGUAAAUGAGCACGAGUGGAAGGGAAACCUCUCCUUGCAAUGUAGAUAAAUGUGGACCCAGUCACCUUGUGAUACUCAUACUCCUGAGUGUGUUGAAGUAUCUGCCCACUGAUCUUUUAAUUAGCAUUUUUUAUUAUUAUUAUUAUUGCACCCAAUUCUCCAAUUACUCCCUCCGCAGAUGCUGAGCAACUCUGGAAAAAGUAAAUUAUAGGUUGUGGUUUUGUGAAUUAUUAACAGAGGCACUUGAAUCUUUAAAGAUUUUUGUAAAAGCUCACAUUAGCAUGUUGCAGUUUCUAAUAUUGACCUUGUGUUACAUGUGUUUGAGAUUUUAAAACUGCCUCAGGCUUUAUUAGGCUGGUCAGGGAUGAGUGUGGAUUGUUGGGA